AUGGACUACUCAUAUGGGGCAGGUACAGUUAAGGUAAGUCAAAGAAAUGACUCUGAAAAUUCUGAGCACUGAAAUUUGAUUGUGAAACUUUUAUUUUUGAUAAAUUUUGUGCUGAAAACUGAGAAAAUGGUGAAAAUCUCUAAGUCUCAAAAUUUCCAGAUAUUUUUGUAGCACAAAAUUUUGAAACUUUUCAAAGCCAACGUUUUUAGAUCAAAAAUUUACACUGAAAAUCGUAAAAAUUCUUAAAACUUCUUAAAUUCCAUUUUUUUCAGAUAAUACCUGCCUCUGCGUUUCGCGAUGUUUCACUAUAUCAUCAAAAUUUUGGCUAUGAUUAUCAGGUAUUUUUUUUUGUUGAAAAAAAUUGAAAAUUUUUUCGAAAAUAAAAUAAUCCUCUUGAUCCGCAAUCAACCGUAUCAAAAAUAGUUUUUUUUUUCGAAAGUUUUUUUCCAAAAACUUUUCUCUAUUGUUUGACUUAUCCUAAAUACACCAUUUAUUUAUGUACUUUGAUUUUAUUUACUCUGUUUUUACCCAAGUUGUAUAUUUUUCACCUAAAUAUGUAUAAUUAUUUAUUUACUCAGAUUUUACACGAACUUUUUCUUCUUUCCCAAAUUUUUCUAGGAAAAUUUGAUUUUUCGACUUUUUUGAGCACUUGAAAAAACUUGAAAACCACUUUUGUUAACAUUUUUUGAGUGAUAAGAGCUUGGAACAAGUUUUUUUUUCGAACAAAUGCUCUUUUUUAUAUUGUUCCAAAGGUUUUUGUAAUUUUUGGAACAGUGAAAAAUUAUAACAAUAAAAUUUCACAUGAAAGUUUUUGAAUGAAAUUUUUUACUUUUUCAAAAAAAUUCAUUCAAACAGAAUUUUUGUCAAAAACUGAAUCAUUUUUAGGCCACGUAGAGAAUUUCUUCUUUUUUGUAAUUCUUUAACAUGAACAGUAUUAUCUAUCAAAAUUAUAAAAAUUAUAAAAUUGAAUUAUUCUCAUGCGUACUUUUUGAAACGUAUUUUUUUCAUUAAUUUUCAGAAAAAUUUGAAUGAGUAAUUUUUUAAAACAAGAUGUGGUUUUAUCAAAAUCGCAGAACACCUGAUUCUUAUGAAGGAAAUAUUGAAACGUAAAUUUUUCUGGAAACCAAAUUUUUUUUCGCGAAUUUUUGGGAAUAAAAAGUGUGAGGCGUACCUGCAAAUUUCAAUUUUUGACUCAAAAAUUGCUUUAGCUCCAAAAAAUCCUAGGAAAACAUAUGUAGAUUCUAUACAUAGUUCAGAGUUUAGGCGAUAAAAUUAUUUCCAAAAAACUUGGGUACUUUAAUUUGUAGUUUUUCAUUAACGCCAAAAUUAAUCCUGAAAAACGCUACUGUAGAUUUAUAUUUUGGAACUAAAAUAUGAUUUUAGAAUACCGUAACUGUCAGAUUUUCAUUGAAAAUGCUCAAAACUUCCACUUUUUUCCAUAAAAAGCUAAUUUCUCCCCAAUUUCUUUCCGAAUUUCUCAAAUUACCCAUCUUUUGUUCUCUUUUUUCUUCUAUGCUCUUUCUAGCCUCUUUUUUUGCUCCAAGCUUUUGCUCGUUAAAAUAAUCUAGUUAUGCACAAUAAUAAUACAAGGCAAAUUUGUGUGUAUAUUUACAAUGCGCCUACCUGCGCGCGAGUCUUGCGCGAGCACCCAUGUUUAAUGUAUGUUUAUCAUUCAAAACUCAAGUAUUAUUAGUGGAGGGGGUCCAAGGAAUUUUGCAAAUAUAUUUUAUUUGCUAUUUGUUUAUGCACACUUGCCUAAGAGGCGCACCACUUGCUUUUCUUUUGUCUUUUUGUGCUCCAAAAUGUUGUUCUUAUCAAUUCUAAAUGUAGUUAGACUAACUUUUAUUUUAGGUAUUACCCUCUAAAUACUAUAUUUUUAAUUUUUUUGUUAGUUAGGCUAACGUUGACUCAACCUUAUAUUAAAUUUUUGAAUUGUUGUUAAACCUUUCUUUCUAUGUUUUUGUGCUCCAUUUUCUUUUAAAAAUUUUUAAAUCAUUUUCUUUUAAAUUUUGGUUAACUUUAUUAUUUUAGUUCUCAUCCUAAAUUGUUUCUCAACCUGAAAUAAAAUUCUCAAAUUUACAGUAACUCGCUUCCAAUGUUAAUUUUGCCGCCAAAACUUAAUUUAUCUCAAAAAUUUUUUUUAUCUCAAAUCAAAUAUUCUUUAAAUCAACAGAACUCCCUCAAUCGUUCAAAAAUUGAACCUAACAUUAAUUUCAGGAACCGUUGGGGCACCCCAUCAACGGUGCCUACUACAUGGGCGGCGUCUACAAUCCGGCGUAUUUACACGAACCCUAUGGACAGAAUGGUUAUAUAGGUUGGUUGUUAUUUUUUCAAAUUUUAUUUUAAUAUGAGCAAUAUGUUUUCCUGUGUUUAAAUUGUUGGAAGCACCAGGGUAAUUUGAACGUUUUUUUUUCUAUUUUGGGCGACAAGAUUUCUAGACGAGAUUAAGACAUUAGAUUAAUGUUAACGAUCAAAGUUAAGGGGAUUUUUGAAAAUGAACCUGGGGGUUUCUAGUAACAUUUGUAAUAUGAGCACGAAAAAAUUCCUCGGAAUUUUUUAUCACAAAUUUUAAAGUAUUCCAUAAGUUGAGCAAUGAAAUGAAAUGAAAAUAAGCAAAGAAAUGAAAUCUUGUCAAAGAUCGCCCUUUUAUCACACUACUAUGAGCAAUCAAAUGACUUUGAAAUUGCUUUUGAUAUUUAAAAAUGAUAGGCUUCAUAAGAUGAGCAAUGUAGCUUCAACAAUUUCUCAGAAUGGCUAUAACAAAAUUAAUGUUUACCUUCCAGAUCCGACUUAUGGCGAUCCACAUCAACACGCUUACUACGGCGGCGGUGGUGGCUACAACUAUUCUCCUUACAACUAUCAUCCACAUGCUUCUAUUUACCCUGGAGCUUAUGGUCCAUACCCAGGUGCUUCUGGCGCCUAUCGCCCUUAUCCUCAACCACAACCCGAAACUUCACCUCCGCGACGUUCACGUACUGCACCACCCCGACCUCCACGCGGCACAGGAACUCUAGGCGCAGAAUCGCGAAGAGGUGGAGCAACGAGUCGCGGAAUAUCAGUAGAUGCGAUGGAUCGAGCCGCUCGACCUAUGUAUCGCCAACAUACGAUGAUGAUGAAACCAAUGUAUCGAAAGCGAAGGGAACCGACAACCGGAAGAAGUAUGUAUCAUGAAACAGAUUUUGGUGGUGGGGGAGGACCUAGCGAGUUUGCUGUUCCGCCGGUGAGAAGUUAUUAUAUGGGUCCGGGAGCUGAACAACAACCACAACAACAACAACAACAGCAGACCUUGCGAAGGCUUCGACCAUUCUAUGCGCCAUCUUACACUACAUAUCCACCAUCCACAAUGCAUCACAAGAAUAAUAUCAAUAAUCGAAGAUAUCCCACUUAUGCGAGAAUGGCAUUGAAAGCUGCGCAAUUGGUAAGGUUUUUGAAAAUAUUGAGGGACGGGGAAGUUCAUCGCUGGGACGAUGUUGUAUCUGAACAACUAAGCUAAGAUCCUAGGAACACUGUGCGAGUUUCCAUUUAUAAUUAGUUAUAAAAUUUUUCAAAUUGUCUGCAGAUCUAAGUCGAAGUCAAUGUCUACCUUAUCUCAAAUCCAACAUAAUUUGUUUUCAGAUUCUUGGCGCCGCAAUUAUUGGUCUCGUGCUGGGACCAAUGAAAGGCAACACAUUUCACGAUUUCGUCAUUCGAACCAACACAGAAUGGCAGGGUGAGUUUGGCAAGCUUUUUAGCACCAAAAAGCAAAUAUCGUUGCAGGUAUGGUGCUGGGCAUCGCUGUAAUUUUCUCAAUUUUCUCCGGCAUACUUUUGCUAACUUCCUAUCUGGCAAAUGAUGUGCACAUUUGGCGAAAAGUUGAUGGUUUGAUUACGGCAAGUGGUUGUUUUUUCUGGCUGCUUGCCGCAUUUGUUGAAUCGUAUUAUGCGGCUUGUUAUCCGCCGAAUGGUCCGCGAAUUAAUUUGGUGUGUCAUCGAGCAGAGUGGAUUAUUGCGUGUGUAAGUUUUUGGAAUGAAAUGUUUGGGGAUUCUAGAUUUUGGUAUAGGCUUGAUUUCUUAGCUCUUAGGUUUUGGUUUAAGACCAAUUUAUAUUGGUCCCAUUCUUCUGAGAUUUCCAGAUUUUCAGAUUUUUCAUUUUGAAUAGGAUUAGUCAUUGAGCUUUGAAAAAACCAAAAAAAUUAAUAUUAUUUAUACACUUUUUUUCAUGGAUGAUGCGAUUUUUGAUGUCUGAUUUGUUUUUUUGAACUAGAGGAUAUUUUUUGACGUCACAAGGAACUUAAUAAAUUUAUUUUUGGAUAAAAAGUUCAAGAUUUUUUUAUAAAUUAUUACGUGAGCUAAGCCAUGACCUCAAAAAAUACUGUUUGGUCAAUCCUAAACUUAUUAAAAUGCCUUAGCCUAAAAUGUUUCUUAAGAUUCUCUGUUUCAUCAACAUGGUGAUCUACGUGGCCGAUUUCGUGCUUUCUUGGAUGGCCGGUGUUUCGAUGCUCUAG